UUUAGAGUAAAAUUAACGGAGCGUGUACGCAAUCGUCAAUUUAUGUGUGAAAACAAAAGCAAAAAUAAUUCCCUCCUUAACUUUCGAAAGUAAAAACCUAACCAAUAUCAACAGAGUCGUCAGGGCCAAUAUCCAAAACAUGGCUCGAUCUGAGUAUAACAACGUUCAGGUAAAUGGAGCAACUGAUUCAUUUAGACAAAUUCUCGUUGUUACCGACUCCGAUGUAACCGAUAAUGAAAUAUGUGACUAUAGCACAGGAACUAAUUCGAUUCGAGGUGUCGAAAUAAACGAAAAGCCUCCAGAUACAAUCAUGAAAUCUAAUUGCCGAAUAACCGAACGUACUAAGGAUAAAAAUUCGUCACAACCAAUGAUUAUUUCGCCAAUGCAAGCGAUUGAAACUAGUGAGAUCGUCAAAUCGCUCCAAUGUUUCGAAACUUCCUCUAAUAGAGCUAAUGCAGGAGACUAUCAAUUAAUGAAACUUCCGGUUGCCAAAUCUCACAACAAUGACACAAAUUCAAAAAGGAACAAUACAGGAGCAAUAAUUGCAAAAAUAAACGUUAACAUUCAAGUCGCACAAGCUAAUUUUUUGUCAGAUUCUGACUUAGAAACUGCAGAUUCACACCAAAGGUCUAUAGCACAAGAUCAAAGUUUGUCUGAUAAUAAUAAUACCUUUAUUGAUAACGACAUGAUGAUUAUACUCUCGAAUAUUUAUGGAGACGAUUGGCGCUCAGCCAAAAUGAUAAGUUAUUGUAAAUUGAACUCUAAAGUAGAAAGCUCAAGCGCAUAAUAUUCGAUUUUCUGUAAAUCGUACUAUUGAUCAAGGUUGGAAACACAAAUAGCAACCUUCAAGAUGAACCCGUGAACAAUUUAAAAAGUACUCGGGCAAAAAAUCGUGAACACUCGGUACAAUCUACGUUUUUUUCACUGUGUUUAAUUUUUCACAUCGCUUGCAAUCGAGGAUGCCAGGUCAAAUGUCUUCCGACUCCGCGGAAAUAUGUGACUUCACAUUAGCAAUUCUAGGAAAAUUUUACCAAGUGAACACGUAAAAACAACGUAAAUUUACGUAAACCUGGAUGUUUAUACUGUAAAAAAUACGCAUGAAAAUUGGUAAAAACAACGCAUCGUUCUGGUAAGUUACUUUACGAUAUAUAUGGUAGUUAGGUUCCCUCAAAUUUAGGUGAUUUUAGAUUAUGCAUGAUUAUUCUUACCUAAAAGUUAUAGUCACUGUAUACUUUACUAGUCUGGCGGACUGGAUUUCGGGAACCAGUGUGAACUGUCAAAACGGGAACCAGUCGAUAGCGCGUCGAUUUUCGCAUUUGAAGUAUUGUAAUCGUGCCGUAAAAAGAUACAGAAUAAAUUAGACUCAAUAAUUGGACUUAUUGUGACAAUUGCUAUUUUUUUUGAGAAUAGUUAUUGUAAUGAAUUAAUGAUAUCACAAUAAUGUUAAAUUUAUACAUGUGAGAAAAUCACAAGGAAUAUUUUCUUUCGUCGCAUCAAUAACGUGCUCUUUCAAUAAUUAAUUGUUUAUUGAUAACAUUAUACUGCCAUAGAUUUGCUGUCCUGUCGCUUUUCACGCUGUACUAUUGUACGGGAAAUGCUCAAUCGAAACAAAAUGAUUUUUUUCAUAAUUUUCUCUUUCAACGAAUAAAUGAAUUAUCAGGUAACUCGCAAAAUUUUAGCCAUUUUCCUCUAAUCUCCGCAUUCUUUGGAAACCGGAGUAAACUUGUUUGUUUCUUUGUCCUUCGCCAAUUGCUGUUACAUUUGUUAUAAACGCACUUCAUUUUCACCUCAAAUGUUUACUUUCAAAGAAGUCAUAUGCAACAUGAAUUAUAUCCAGUGGUGUCAGGAUUUUAAUGUGAAAAAGUGGGUUGCCAGUUGCAUGGUUCCCCACUCCGCCAGACUAGAGACUGUGUUAUAAAGAGAUACGCAAAGAGAAAAGCAGUAAAUAUGGCAACCCUUUGCUAAUAUAUUAUUUUAAACAAUUCUGGCAACCACAUUUAUUUUCGCAUGACUUUUCAUACGCACUAGAAAGUGUAAUGAAAUUUCGAAACUUUGUAAGGAUAUAUUACUGAGUUUCAGUGCUUGUUCAUACAAUUUUAAUAAUUUCCAAUGCAUCACUCAUAACAUGAGCAUGACGAACACAUUUUUCGUUGGAACCAUAAUUGCACGUGAUUCACAGAAUUUAAACUGAUCGCAACAUAUAUUCUGUACGAAAAGCAACACUCCUGAGUUUGUUUACUUUGCACACUUGGAGCCUCGAUUUGACGGUUCACUUGGAGUUUUCGACCUCACUCUUUGCGUAUCUGUUCAUAACACCGUCUGUACGCCAGACUAGUAAAAUACAGUGACUAUACUAAAAGUGAGUGAAAAUGUUUGACGGCUACAUUUUGAUUAGCAAUACUCAGAGGGAGAGAUAUGCGAAGAGAAUGUUGUGAGCCAAACGAACAUGUCAAAAUCCAAUCCAAACGAACAAGAAAGGUUACACAUUGAGAGGUAUUGAUACAAUAAUAGGUACAAUAAAGAAUAUUUUUAUUUUCACACGUU